AUGAUGCAUCCCACGUUCCUGCCGUCCAAUGCUGCUGGAGGUUCUUCCGGGACUAUGACCUAUGAGGCGGGCGGCACGCCACUGAUGCAGCCGACGAGCCAGGGCUCGACACACCCGUCGCGUGUGUGCUACUUUUUCGAUUCAGACAUUGGGAAUUUCCACUACGGGCCCGGUCAUCCGAUGAAACCGAUGCGUGUACGCAUGUGCCAUUCUCUGGUAAUGAACUAUGGGCUGUACAAAAAGAUGGAGAUUUUCCGUGCGAAACCGGCGACCAAGCGCGAAAUGUCUCAGUUCCAUACAGACGACUACGUGGACUUUUUGUACCGGGUCACGCCGGACAAUCUAGACGCCUAUGUGCGCGAGCAGGCUAGGUACAAUGUGGGCGACGACUGCCCUGUGUUUGAUGGCUUGUUCGAGUACUGCUCGAUUUCGGCUGGUGGAUCGAUGGAGGGCGCUGCGCGUCUUUCGAGAGAUAAGUGCGAUAUUGCCAUCAACUGGGCGGGUGGAUUGCAUCAUGCUAAGAAGGGCGAGGCCAGCGGGUUCUGCUACGUCAACGAUAUUGUGCUAGGUAUUUUGGAGCUGCUGCGUUACCACCCUCGUGUCCUGUACAUUGAUAUUGAUGUGCAUCAUGGUGACGGUGUUGAAGAAGCCUUCUACACGACGGAUCGCGUAAUGACCUGCUCUUUCCACAAAUACGGAGAAUUUUUCCCGGGCACCGGCGAGCUGCGCGACACGGGCUACGGCACUGGUAAGCACUACGCAUGCAAUGUGCCUCUGCGCGACGGUAUCACAGAUGAGUCAUACCAAAGUGUGUUCAAGCCAAUUAUCCAGCGCAUCAUGGAACAGUACCAGCCAACAGCAGUGGUGCUGCAGUGCGGUUCCGACUCGCUGGCUGGCGAUAAGCUCGGCUGCUUCAACCUGAGCAUGCGGGGUCAUGCUGCGUGUGUGGAGUUUGUCAAGAGCUUUGGCCUGCCAUUGCUCCUGCUCGGCGGUGGUGGCUACACGAUGCGCAACGUCAGUCGAGCUUGGGCGUACGAGACGGGCCUUGCAUCGGGCCACGAGCUGAGCCCCAUUGUGCCGGUGAACGAGUAUUACGAAUACUUUGGCCCCGAGUACCGUCUCGACGUGCUUCCCAGCAAUAUGGAGAAUAUGAACACGCAAGCCUACCUCGACAAGGUCAAGGAGCAGGUGUUCGAGCAGCUGCGACACGUUGCGCAUGCGCCGUCAGUCCAAGGACAUGUGGAGCCGCGCCUGGCCCAUGACAUGGCGCUGGACGACAACGAUGACGACAACGAAGACCCAGACGUGCGAGCGAGCCAGACUGUUAAGGACAAGCGCGUGCAGCGAGCAGAUGAGUUCGACGACUCGGACGACGAGGGCGAAGGCGACCGCCGCGAGCGCAUCUGGAAGGAAGAGGCCAUGGACAUGGAUGUGCCCGAGCCGCGCCCGCGCCUGCCGCUUCGGCAGAAGCACCAGCCGUAG